AUGACGGAAAUCGGUAACUCUGAUCUUUUGAAUAAACGUGUUGCAAUCAUUGGGGCGGGUCCGAGCGGUGCAAUUGCGUUAACUAGUUUUCUUCGACAAGGAUUCAAGCAUGUGACAGUGUUUGAGAAACGACCAGUCGCUGGCGGCACGUGGAGUCUUGAUGAGGAUCUAGGGUUCAAACCUGAUAGUACUAAAUUGCCAAUUGGCAAGUCUAGAACUGAAGCUCAACCACCGACCGUUGUGCCUGAAGAGGCAGACAGUGCGACUUUUGCCCAACCUUUCUCCAAAUGCAGCGACCCGAGAGAGUUACGUUACGACGAGAGUUCAAUGUAUCCCUCAGUGGAAACUAACAUCUUGGCAGAAUUCAUGGCGUUUACAGAGAAACCAUUCGAACGCCAGGUUGCUCCUUGCGCUCGAAAAUAUGGAAAGCAGCACGAUUUUCGGACUCACAAAGUAGUCCGCAAGUACGUGCUUGAACUUUUCGAAGGCAAAGAAGAGUACUUGCAGUUCAAUACUACAGUCGAAAAAGCACUUCAGUUGGAUGGCCCUGGUUCGCAGUGGCAUCUCACGCUACGUCGACACUGCUAUGGCAGCACGACAGAAGAGUGGUGGACAGAGGAUUUUGACUAUCUGUAUGCUGCAAGUGGCCGCUUCAGUGUACCACGUAUUCCGCAUAUACCUGGUCUUGAAAGAGUACUCAAGCAGUUGCCAAGAGAAUCGGUCAUUCAUACGAAGGUUUACCGAGACCCUGAGAUAUUUCGCAACAAGAACGUGUUGCUGGUCGGGGCAUCAUGGAGCAAUGCAGAUGUUGCACAUGCUAUUGCUGAUAUUGCCAACAAACCCGUGCACUUAUCGUUCAAUACAAUCCUCCAGCAUACAGUUCCUGCUUUCAAGCAACCGUUCAUUGUUGCCCAUACUGGCAUCAAGCGUGUGACACUCAAUUCCAAUGGCAAAUCUUUGAACGUCGAAUUCAAUUCUAAAGAGGUUAUCAGUGGGAUAGAAAAGGUUGUAUUUGGAACAGGAUACCAUAUUGCCUACCCUUACUUGGAAGAGUAUUUGAAUCUAUAUGGUGGGAUCUGGCACGGUGAGAGGGCAACGAAAAAUCUUUACUGGUCAACAUGGUGGAAACACGAUUCGUCGCUGGUAAUUUCGUCAAUUGUCACAGACGGAAUCACCUGGCGAGCAAUUGAAGCCCAAGCAAGAGCCACAGCUUACCUGUGGUCUGGGUUCCCUGGCUCUCAACCGUUCACCAUUGAGGAAGCCGAGCAGUGGGAGAAUGAUCGUCGGAAAUUAAAUCUGAGAGAUUUCCACUUGUGGUGGCCACAAUACGCAGAAUUUAUCGCUGGGAUCACAAAAGUGGGCACCGGUGGCACCCGAUUCCCUGGCCAAGAUAUCGAUACCCACUCCUAUAACGAUCUUUUCAUCCGCUCUUUAACACUAAAAGGCGAGCAAUGGGCUAGCGAGAGUGAAAAACGAUGCAAAAACAAGCUUGCGCUUCAAACCUAUGAGCAGACGUCCGAACAGCUGGAAGCCCGGAAAAUCGUCGCUUAG